AUGCUGCACCACAACACUUUGGCCACCACCAGUUCCCUGAGAUUGGAUGCCCGCCUCUUCCUGCAGCGAACCCAUGAGAAUGCCCACCUGCUGCUGAAUCUAUCGCGGAUUAGGCGCAUUGGCGGUACCGUUGGCCUUUUCGACGAUCGCAUUCCCCAGAGCCUUUCGUCGCUGCCCCAUAUGAUGCGACGGGUCGAGGAGCUGCAGCGCCAGAACGACUUCCUGGGUCAUCGGCUCAUGAGUGUCCACGGGAAGCGGCAGCGGCGUUGGAACGAUGGUCAUCCCUGGCACAGGAGCUCUCUCAGACCACUACUCAAUCGUACUCCACCUGCUCUGGAGCUGCCCGGGAAUAGGAGCGAGCUGCUGCGACUGCUCCGGCCCCGGAUUGUCCUGUACUUUGGCCUCAUGGACGGCCGUUCGCUGGGCCGGGUGGUGAUUCAGCUAUACACCGAGGCAGCACCGCUGGUGGUGCUCCAGUUCAUUCGCACCUGCCAGCGCCAGCGGGCCCAUGAGUUUGCCGUGCGCCGCAUCUUCCCCAAUCUCUGGCUGGAGGGUUACCUCCUCGGUUGCAACCGGCAACAAGGACACUCUGCGGAUCCGCCACCCCAGCUCCGAGACCCCAUGGAGUUCGAUACGCGCGUGUUGAGCCACGAGCGGCACAACUGUGUCCUGUCCUGCGCCAAGGAGUACUGCGUCCAUGGAUUUCCCGGCGGAGCCAUCAACUUUAGCAUCAGCUUUAAGCCACUGCCCGCGGCCAAAGGCCAGCGGGUGGCCUUCGGCCGGGUGGUGCGCGGCGCCAAGGUCGUAGGAUGCAUGCAGUUGUAUGGCACCAACGGCAAGAUGGUAAGACCGCUGGUCAUUACCCACUGCGAUGUGUUGUAGAGAGGACGGAUGCUGGAUGCGAUGGGCUCCUAAGGAGGCUUCUGGUGCUCUUCCUGCCAGGCGAAGACGAUUCCCUAACUUAUACGUGAGGAAUCCUGCCUGGGGGGAGUGUCAAAAGUACUUAAGGAGCUCCUCUUCCGUCCUCUCCUCACAAGUUGAAAAUUUACAGAUGCGUAUGGAAGUUAUUGGGAUUUUACGGCUUGACUCUUAAUUUCCCGAAU